GCCACACUGGGAUAAAGGUUGAGGUCGCAGUGGCGCAGUUACAGCGCAUGCGCGGUGUAGUGCGGCGGGGAAAGUCGCGGAGUCUGUGUCUGCUGUCCGUCUGUGUGUGAACCAUGGACUCUACGGACCGCGCCGCUAGCCAUGGUUCAGCACACAAAUGGAAGUUCUGGAAGAGGCGGCGCCACCUCGUUACCUUCCUGGCGUUCCUGGGGUUCUUCAACGUCUACACCCUCCGAGUGAACCUCAGCGUAGGUAUCGUGGCGAUGACUUCCCCCUACAACGUCACGCUCCAGAAUGGUACUGUCGUGCAGAUGCGAGAUUUUGACUGGGACUCUAAGCUGCAAGGGGUGGUGCUAAGUUCCUUCUUCUAUGGCUACAUCUGCACACAGCUGCUGGGAGGUUGGCUAGGUGCAAGGAUGGGUGGAAGUAGGGUAUAUGGGGUGGGGGUAGCAGUGACAGCUGCCUUUACACUCAUCACACCUCCUGUAGUCAACGUCAGCGUCUACCUGCUGCUGGCCAUCAGGAUCAUCGAGGGAUUGUUUGAGGGUGUGACAUAUCCAUGUAUCCACGCAGUCUGGUCUCGCUGGGCUCCUCCCCAGGAACGCUCCCGGAUGGCUUCCAUUGCUUUCUCCGGAAGCUUUGUUGGAACCGUCGUGGCACUUCCGGUCUCUGGCAUCAUAGCAAACACACUCGGCUGGCCCUGGAUAUUCUACAUCACAGGUUUCUUUGGCCUAGUGUGGUGUGCGGUGUGGUGGACGGUGGUUAAAGACAAUCCCGAUGAUGACCCUCAUAUUAGCCCUGAGGAGCUCAAGUAUAUAAAAGAAUCCCUGGGCACCACAGACACUUCCCUCAAACAUAUUAAACAUCCGUGGAAGAAGUUCCUCACAUCAAUGCCAGUGUGGGCAAUCGUUGCUGCUCACUUUUGUGAAAAUUGGGGCUUCUAUACACUCCUGACUCAACUCCCUACAUUUAUGAAAGAUACCCUGAACUUCCAGCUAGAGAAAGCAGGGUUCAUGUCUUCACUGCCUUACCUAGUAAUGGCAAUCAUCAUGCAGUUUGCUGGCACACUAGCAGAUUGGCUACAGAAUACAAACAUCCUCACCACUACACAGGUGAGGAAACUGUUCAACUGUGGGGCCUUCAUCAGCCAGACAAUCUUCAUGUUCCUGGCGGGGCACUUGCUGACACCGGCGGGGGUCACAACAUGCCUAGUGUUGGCUGUGGGGCUCGGAGCGUUUGCCUGGCCUGCCUUUAGCGUGAAUCAUCUAGACAUAGCUCCACAACAUGCAAGUGUUCUCAUGGGUCUAUCCAAUACGUUUGCAACACUGCCGGGAAUAUUGAGCCCUCUUAUCACUGGAUACAUAGUGACCGACAAGAGUGCAGAUCAGUGGCAGAUGGUGUUUUACAUUGCCAGCACCAUCUAUCUGCUUGGAGCGUUGUUCUACGGAACAUUCGCAUCAGGAGAACGACAGCCCUGGGCGCUGGACGACAGCAAACAAUCAACACCACCUCCGGCCCUCAAGAAUGAAAACCAUGCUUACGUCAACAAGGCCUUGUCUGAUGAUAAUGUAUGAUGUUUAGGAUUAAUUAAAUUUUAAUUAUUUUUGUA